UCUCUGUAGGUAUCCGGCCCCAGAUCAUGAAUGGGCCGAUGCACCCUCGCCCCCUAGUGGCCCUGCUGGAUGGGCGUGACUGUACAGUAGAGAUGCCCAUCCUCAAAGACCUGGCCACCGUCGCCUUCUGUGACGCCCAGUCCACCCAGGAGAUCCAUGAGAAGGUACAACACACACAAUUACCCACGUACGCACACUCUUCCACACGCUGGCACACACACACACACACACACACACACACACACACACACACACACACACACACACACACACACACACACAGGGACUGCAUGGGUUUGUGUCCUCAAUUCAAACUGUAGCUGUCUUUUCACUUCCUCCUCCUUCUCCUCCUCUUCCUCCCCCUCUUCUUCUCCUUCUCUAACAUAAAACAGAUACUACAGUACAGUAUAUUGUCUCUCCCACCCUUUCCCAUUUCUGUGAAAGUGAUUUUAUUAGGAUGUAAUGUCAUUGGCUGGCGGUAUGCUCCUCCUCUCCUCUGGUUGUUAAAUAGAGAGGCUGGUUAUGGGAAAGGAAUGUCAUUAUAUACUGAGAUAGCAUGUAGCGCUCCUUAACGACAGAGUCAUCAGCAAUUUACCAGUGCAACAUCAAAUCUUCCCCUCUUCAUGUAAAAUACAAAAUGUGGAAAAAGGUUGUUAACAAAACAAAGCAAUUUCCAUGUAUUGUGUAUGUUGACACUACAGUUUAUCAGCGUUGAAAAGCUUAAUAGUGAUAAUCAAUUGUUAACAAGGUUUGUUGACAUAGAUUUUGUCAGCACAGGAGGUGUUGAACCAUUUACAAAUAUACAUCUGCGUGUGACGCAUAGAGAGAGAGCGAGUGAAAUUGGAAAAUAGAAAGAAACUGGGUUGGAUAGAUGGAUGGAUAGAGAAAGUGAGAAAAAUAGGACCAGAGUUCUUUUGAUCUCUUGACCUCUUUUCUCAAUGGACCCUGGCCUCUCCGUGCUCCCCUGCUCACACACACCAAGGCCUUUCUGUCCAAUCAGCUGUUGUGUUUGCGCAUACAUUACAAAACGAGAUGGCCUGCCCUGGGUGUAGAGAUAUUGGCAGAGCUGCCGCCUUUGUAGCAAGUCAGCAGAGACAGCAGAAGUGGCACUCCACACACACAAGAGGAGAAAGGGCCCCACACAGGGACUCACACGCAAACAAACCACAAACAUUGGCUCACACACACAGGCUCAAAUGCUGACUCACUGAUUUCACACACACACACAUAUACACAUACACACGUCACCUCUCAUACACACAAAUUCACACACUUUAAUCAUAUAGACUGAAACACACACACUGAUGCCUCUGCAUGCAUCGCCUGAGAAGAGGAGCCAAGUUAGUUCCCUGACAGGAGCCUGAACCUGCAUAUUUCUUCUCAGUGGCAUUGCGUUAGAGAACUGUUGGGAAGAUACAAUGACUCACUAUACAAUUCAAAGCAGGGCUAGACUUAUCAUGUUUUGGUGGUGACUUAUCACUCUAUAUGAUGUGUUGUGUGGGCAAAUGGUUAGCGUGCUAAUGCGUUAUCUCUCCCUCUGAUGUCAGAACAAUGUUAGCAGUUUAACCAUCUGUUUGUGGACUUGUUUCCGUGAGUUAGUGAGUGAAUUGAUACAAAUGAAUGUUGAGCAUUAUAUCAGCUUAUAAUCUGUACAGCUACCGCACCACCCCCACACCAACUCUCUCCCCGCAUAAUUUUGAUCUUGAUAAAAAAAUUAUCUAAAACUGGCCCUUUGACAUCUAUUGGGCCAUAUCCAACUGUUUUUUUUUACAACUACUGUGUAUUUUAAUACUGGCCCACCAUAGUUAUAAAAAAUAACAUUUCCAUUUAGUCUGACACAUUGCUCAGCGAUUACCCCGCUUGCUUAAUGACUCACACAGCAUUGGUCAUUACAACCCACAGGAUGCAUUGUCUCCAGCCAAACUUGCCUCUGGCUAGCAGCACAGCCUAAGCAAUUAGAUGAAGGCAUGAGGAGAGCUUCAACCUUGAAUUAGCAUCUAGGGCUGAUUUCAGCUAGCUCUCAUAAAACCCUUAUGGAAAUUCACAGCUAUGCUAAUCUGGCAGGCCAAGCAAAUGCAGUUAGCCGGUGGAGAAUUUAAAGCUAUUAUUUACCAAAUGUGCCUGACAGAGGGCACUUGCUAUGCUAUCUGGGUAUCUGGAUAACCAUCAAUCUAGUUUAUGACCCUGCCUGUCUCCACCCUAACCUUGUUUGCGUACACCGAUUCUGAUAAACCAGGGGCUUUUGACACACACACACAUACACAAAAUUCAUGUUUAUUUGUUUAUUUAAAAAAAAGAUAAUGAUGAAAUGCCUUUGAUGAUGAUGAUGAUGAUGAUGAUGAAGGUGACUCUCCCUUUCUCCAUCAGGUGCUGAACGAGGCAGUAGGUGCCAUGAUGUAUCACACCAUCACCUUGACCAGAGAAGACCUGGAGAAAUUCAAGGCUCUACGCAUUAUCAUCCGCAUCGGCAGUGGCUACGACAACAUCGACAUCAAGGCAGCCGGAGAGAUGGGUAGGAGAGAGAAAGAAAGAGGAGAGAGGGAUAAGAUAAGACUUUAUUGAUCCCCUAAGGGGACAUUUUAUUGCAGCGGCCAAUACAACAUAGAAAUAACAACAACCCGCUCGUCAGCACUGCAGCCAAGACUUUUUGGGAUGCAGCCAAACCAAACACUGCUUUUAUAAUUUUACAUAACAUGUAAUUGGAGUAUUAUCCCCUAAAUACACAGACAAAAGCUGUGAAAACAUUGAUAAGAAAUACUCCCCCACAGAUUUCAUUUUUGCCCCAGGCAUGUCACUUAAUUAAAACAAAAAUCCUCAAUAAACAUAGAAGCCUGGUGUGAAACAUGUCUUUUGUUUCCUAUUUGUGCACUAUAAUGCAAAAAUAUGUCAUUGCCUUUCCAAGUGUGCAGUUUUUGCAUGUUUCUUGGACACUUAGUUGUUCCUUCCAUAACCAGCACAUUGCUGUGCACAGGGCUUCUACUUAUUUUUAGUCUUCUUCAUCCCUCAUCAUGUCUUCCCUCUCGCUUUGCCAGGCAUCGCGGUGUGUAACAUCCCGUCGGCAGCGGUGGAGGAGACGGCAGACUCCACUCUGUGCCACAUUCUCAACCUGUACCGGCGGAACACCUGGCUGUACCAGGCUCUUCGGGAGGGCACACGGGUCCAAAGCGUGGAGCAGAUCAGAGAAGUGGCGUCCGGAGCCGCCAGGAUCCGAGGAGAAACGCUGGGCCUCAUCGGCUUUGGUGAGUCACAGGAGAUGUCUGUCUUUGGUAACACACACUGUUGUGAGAGUGCUUUGGUAACAUACGCACAUCCAUGACACUGUGAUCCGCUUCUGACACUGUAUUCAUGUGUAUGUCUACAGGUCGUUCAGGGCAGGCGGUGGCGGUGCGGGCCAAGGUGUUUGGCUUCAACGUGAUCUUCUACGACCCCUACCUGCAGGACGGCCUUGAGCGUUCGCUGGGUGUUCAGCGUGUCUACACUCUGCAAGACCUGCUCUACCAGAGUGACUGUGUCUCCCUGCACUGCAACCUGAACGAACACAACCACCACCUCAUCAACGACUUCACCAUCAAACAGGUACACACAUACUCACACGCAUGCAAACACACACACAUACACACAAUCCUCAAAUAGGCCAUAACAGUACAGGACUGCGCACCCAGCCUCACGGUGUAGUUGUUGAUCACCACUGCCACCUGCAGUCAGCUUUUCAAACUCCAUGCUGCUAUAGAAGUCUAACAUCAAUGUCCUCUUUGAAAUGUGAGGGGCAGUCUCAUCAAGGAAGAACCUGGUUAACUUGCUAUUUAUAUAUUAAAAGAACUAUACCAUACAUUUCUGAAAGAACAUCAGUAUGCCUGUGUGUAUGUUUGUAUUUGUACGUGCGCGCGUGUGUGGCUUGUGCCUUUUACAGAGCAGAUACAACUAGAACUCUCUGUGCACUGAAUUCAAGCUUUUAUCAAGAUGAAGGAAUUACUUUUAUCCAGAUGCCCUCAUUUCAUCGCUGUCUCUCACUUUUGGUACACAGAGGUUUGCCUUUUUGGAUUUGAACCUAAGCUUUUAGUAUGUGAAGCAUACUGCAAGGGCAGCUUAGGGCUUUAUAGUUGAAAGCACCACUGCAGGGACGUACUGUAGCAGUGGGCUCCCACAUGUGUAUUCUCCAGGAGAGGGAAUGUCACUUGAUGUUAGUAAAACAGGUUUACUUUUGUUUUAGAUGCGUCAGGGUGCGUUCCUGGUGAACUCUGCUCGGGGAGGUCUGGUUGAUGAGAAGGCCUUGGCUCAGGCCCUGAAAGAGGGCAGGGUACGGGGGGCCGCCCUGGACGUCCAUGAGUCAGAACCCUUCAGGUGAGUGUGUGCGUUUAUCUGUGUGAAUAGAUAACUUCAUCAACUCCAUUAUCCAGUUCACCUUAGCCAAUCUCUCUCUGUCUCUGGUGUGUGUAGUUUUACCCAGGGUCCUCUGAAGGAUGCGCCUAACCUGAUCUGUACUCCUCACACGGCCUGGUACAGUGAACAGGCCUCACUAGAGAUGAGAGAGGCCGCAGCCACAGAGAUACGCAGAGCCGUCACUGGUAAACACACACACAGAUACACACACACACAUACAUUAUAUCACACCUAGAAACUCAUUUGGAGCUAAUUCUUUACUGGAAUGUUUUUGUUUUUCCGAUGCAGGCCGUAUCCCUGACAGUUUGCGAAACUGUGUCAACAAGGAGUUCUUUGUUACCACAGCUCCCUGGACAGUGGAACAGCAGCAGAUGCAGCAGCAAAUGCAGCAGCAAAUGCACCCCGAACUCAACGGUGCCGCGUACAGGUAGGGAAGCUCAAUCACAACCAAACAGACCAUUAUGUAGGGAACCCCUCUUUUUGGUCAGGCCCACUUCCUCCUGCAUAUACUAUCCACAUAACCAGGACUUAAACAUUUUGAUUAAAAAAAGGGGGAUUUCUUUCUAAGUAAAAAGAGUAAAAGAGUCAUUUCCAUGCUCAGGUACAAAAAAGUGUCCCCUGUAUUCAGUAUAUGAUAACCUCUUCUCUUUUCUAUUCAACCUUCCUGGUAUUUUAGGCUGGGUUUUCCGUAGCGGCAUAUAGUGGAAAUGAAGAGCUAUGGGGACACAUUGAUUACUACCAUCCCCUGCUAUUAUUUAUCAGGCAGUCACAGUAUUGACCUCUCAGUCUCUCACCCUAUACCUACUGUCUCAACUGGACUGAACUACUUCUCUUACACAGCCGAGUCAACCAAACCAUGGUACAGGCCAUAGCAACUGGGGGAAUGCAAGACAAAUUAUAUACCUAAUAGAAAACAAGGUAAAUACUACCGAUGCUGACCCACAGUGAUAGGCUCAGGCCCGCCUGUGCUGAUCAAAGCAUAACUGCUGUUGGUUUUCAUGAUAGUCUGUCUAAUUUAUUUCUCACCCGAUAUACCUGCUCUGCCCACCCUCUCAUUAAACCCCUUAUUUCCUACCCCAAAACCUGGCCUCUUGUACCAUACCAAAUAAUAAAACAUCUAUUGAAAGUUGGCACAUUAUGGCAACCAUUUGAUUGUAAGUACAGUCAGUGUUGUAUUCCAUAUUGUUCCCUGCACAGGAAGUAUGAGGUUUGCUUGGGUCUAUUUGUGACAUUUGUUUCAUUUUUCCUCUAAACACCCAUUUCCCCAAACGGUUCACGGUGUCUGUCCCCUGAAAUAUCCAGUCAGGAAUCUUUCCUUGAUCUGUCAUCUAUAGCCCUACAAACCAUUCCCUUAUGCCUAAAUAUAACUAUAUUUUGUUGAUAUCUGAGUGGUUUAGUAAAUGAAGAUAUAUUUCUCUGAUACGUUUAUCAGUUUCCCAAGAACAACAGAUGAGGUCUUGUGGUCGUUUUGAAUCCUGAAUUGACAUGUAAGAGUUGAAUCAGUUUUCAGAUUUCAUGUGAUGUCUGUUUUGCACCACACUAUGUGUGACUUCACUUGCUUUGAUUAGAAUAUUCACCACUGAAUUUGAUCCUUAGCCUCAUUUCUAAUGUGAGGCAACAAACGUUUUUAAAUGUAGCAACUUAAAAUGGCCAUUUAAAGGCUUAUCAGGUUAUUGUAACCAAUGAGGUAUUGUUAUGGUACCAUGUGACCUGACCAUUGUCUCCCUGGCACAGGUACCCCCCUGGUGUGGUGGGUGUGGCCUCGGGUGGGAUCCCUGGGCCGAUGGAGGGGAUGAUGCCCGGGGGGGUGCCCAUCACCCACACCCUGCCCUCUGGUACCCACCCCUCCCAGGCCCCCUCCCCCAACCAACCCUCCAAACAAGGGGAGCCCAUGAGACAGCACAUGACCGAGCCAUAACUCUGCAUCCAGGGAGGAAGGAGUUCAUAUAUACACAACCGACCAACUGACCCACCCACUCUUAGACCAGCAGACUGAUCGUUAGGGUUCACACAGAACACCGGAACCAAGUGGGGACAGUGAAUAUAUUCACAACUGACACUCCAAAGUGGAGUCCGUCAAAACUCAUGUUCCAAGGAUCUGAACUUUUCACUUCUCUUUUUCCUUUGUUUUAGUUUUGAUUCAGUUUAAGUGUUUACUCAUUUUUUUAUUUUUGAGCAUUUGUUGGAAGAUUCCUGUGUUCUGGGACACCUUGUUACUGAGUGCCAGAGUUAAGGCCCGCCCAUCUUGACUGACCACCAAUGGGAGAGCAUGGAAGGACAAUGACAUCAUCUGUUACUGGCCAGCUCCAACCCCACCUUGCCCCAUUCUUCAUUUCAGUUCAGUCCACGUGUGUCUGUGUUUUUCUUUCACCUGUUCUGAGACCACCCUACAAGUGAAUAUCUGUCUUUCUGUUCUUCAAUGUGAAAAAAAUAAAUGAUUAUAAAAUGACAUAUAUUUAUCAGACAGUAGAAAAAGACAAUUGGUGUUGCCAGUGGCAUCGGCAGUCUCAAUGGGGACCUCUAAACCCUUUCCUAGUCCAUCUCUCUCACCCUGUAGACUGCUGGCUCAUGAAUUUACAGACAGUAAUGAUGGACACAUCAGGGUUGCCAGAUCUCUUGAGUCUCAUGACCAGUACGAGACAACAACAAUAAGCCCAAAUUGCCAUUCUGAAGAAUCAAAACAAAACUCAAUUUAAGUGAAUAUGGGACCUGAAACCCUUAUUUUAAUUUGUCCAUUGUGAACAUCUCUCAACCCCUGAGAACACCCGAAGUAUUAUAGAGAAGAUUUAGUUCUGGUAAUAUAGCUUUUUAGUCAUUUAGUUUCUCUAAAGAGCUUCUUCAAAGAUCCAGGUUCUGAUGCACAAGGGGGAGAGAGACUAGUGUUAAAAAGGUUAUGAUCGCAAUUUCAGACAAUGUGAAGUUUUAACUAUUGAUUAAUUGCCUUUCAUUCCGACUUCAGAUUCAGUAAUAACGUGGUGGUCUGUCACUAAAAUAUUGAAAUAAGAAAUGCAUGCACCUCUGCUUUUACCUGGACCUCUACAUCAUGGAUUUGGACAUUGUCACGGGUGUUUGUAUACUAGAGGGACCUCUUAAAAUGUCCUGUUUUUUCUCACCAAAAGGACUUACAAAGUAGCACCAGCCAGACAGGAAAGGGUUUGGAAAGUGAGGUUACUGACUCAGGAAAAAUAACUUUUGCAGAUAUUAUCUUUUUCCCAAAUUCUGUCUGAAAGAAAAAAAAGUCUGGAUCGUUCCGCGUGUUUCCACCUUUUCUUCAUUGUGGUAUUUUUAUAAAUCAAACCUGUCUUUUGGUGUUCAAGGUUUUUGCAGAGUCCUGUUAGAUUUGUAUUGGCUAGUUAAAUGUUCUUAUAAUCAUAGUCUUAUGUGAACCACCAUUUCUUUCUUAUUUUUUGUUUUCUGUUCUAAUGAAAGCCAGUUGGAGCUCUUAGAGGCAUCGUGCACUGCACUCUGUGAGCAAUAGCAACACCCCUCUAGUGCCCCGAUGUUAGCAAGACACGGCUGCUAGCAGAUUGUUUGGUUUUUAGUGUGAGUAUUUGUAUUUGUUUCUUGUACAAGGUGAACAUAUAGCAUUCAGUGCAGUUCAAAUAAAAAAAUGCUGUUCUAUCAGGCUCUGUGAAAGGUUUGUGAAAUUGGUGUUUGACUUUGCUGCUUAUUCAUGCGUAUGAGGUUUAUCAUUACCAAUGUGGACUAGGUGGAAUUGACAUCAGUAGCUAGGUUUCCAUCCAAU